GGAGUCGAACCCUAGGAUUUAAGGAACGAUAUAGCCCACACUGCGUGAGCGCAAGGGAGCUGCUGCCCACGGAACUCUCCGGAAUCGUGCGGUUCCCCGCCUCUCGGUAACUCUCUGCUUGGCCCCAAAUCUAGGGUUUCCACCGCCUUCUCCUCCUCCCUCCGCUCCUUCCCGAGGCCGGCAAUGGCGAUCGUCGCUCAGACGCCCGACAUCUUAGGAGAACGCCAAUCCGGCCAAGACGUCCGCACCCAGAAUGUGGUAGCGUGCCAAGCGGUUGCUAAUAUCGUGAAAUCGUCGCUCGGACCGGUUGGUCUCGAUAAGAUGCUGGUUGAUGACAUUGGUGACGUCACAAUUACUAAUGAUGGCGCAACAAUACUAAAGAUGUUAGAAGUUGAGCAUCCAGCUGCCAAGGUUCUUGUUGAACUUGCUGAACUUCAAGAUCGAGAAGUUGGAGAUGGGACCACAUCAGUGGUUAUCCUGGCUGCCGAGUUACUUAAGAGAGCAAAUGAUCUUGUGAGAAACAAGAUUCACCCAACAUCUAUAAUUAGUGGCUACAGGCUUGCAAUGAGGGAAGCUUGCAAAUAUGUUGAUGAAAAACUUGCUGUAAAAGUCGAAAAGCUUGGGAAAGAUUCCCUUGUAAACUGUGCGAAGACAAGCAUGUCAUCAAAAUUAAUUGCAAUCGAUAGUGAUUUCUUCGCUAAUUUAGUUGUGGAUGCAGUUCAGGGAGUGAAGACUACAAAUGCAAGAGGAGAAGUUAAAUAUCCAAUAAAGAGUAUAAACAUAUUGAAAGCUCAUGGAAAAAGUGCCAAAGAUAGCUACUUGCUGAAUGGAUAUGCUUUAAAUACUGGCCGUGCGGCUCAAGGAAUGCCUACUAAGGUUGCUCCUGCAAGAAUUGCUUGUCUUGACUUUAAUCUUCAAAAGACAAAAAUGCAGAUGGGUGUUCAGGUCCUGGUCACUGAUCCAAGAGAACUUGAAAAAAUUCGUGAAAGGGAAGCUGAUAUCACGAAAGAGCGUAUCCAGAAGCUUCUGAAAGCUGGUGCUAAUGUUGUACUAACAACCAAGGGAAUUGAUGAUAUGUCUCUAAAGUACUUUGUCGAGGCUGGGGCUAUUGCUGUGAGACGUGUUCGCAAAGAGGAUUUACGUCAUGUUGCAAAAGCAACUGGGGCGACUGUGGUCACCACAUUUGCUGACAUGGAAGGAGAAGAAACUUUUGAUUCGUCUUUUCUUGGACAUGCAGAUGAAGUCAUUGAGGAGCGUAUCGCUGAUGAUGAUGUAAUUUUGAUUAAGGGCACAAAGAACACUAGUGCGGUCUCAUUGAUUCUUAGAGGUGCUAACGACUAUAUGCUUGAUGAGAUGGAUCGGGCCUUACAUGAUGCGUUGUGCAUUGUUAAGAGGACCCUGGAGUCGAAUACGGUUGUUGCUGGUGGUGGUGCUGUGGAGGCUGCACUGUCUGUGUACUUGGAGUAUCUGGCUACGACAUUGGGAUCUAGAGAACAGUUGGCAAUUGCAGAGUUUGCUGAAUCUCUUCUGGUUAUACCUAAGGUACUUGCUGUCAAUGCUGCUAAAGAUGCCACUGAGUUGGUUGCAAAACUUCGGGCUUAUCAUCACACUGCCCAAACAAAGGCAGAUAAGCAGCACCUUUCGAGCAUGGGUUUGGACCUUUCGAAAGGUACAACUCGGAACAAUCUUGAAGCUGGAGUUAUCGAGCCUGCAAUGAGCAAAGUGAAGAUCAUACAGUUUGCCACUGAGGCAGCUAUAACGAUUCUUCGGAUUGAUGAUAUGAUUAGGCUCAUCAAAGAUGAAAGGGAGAACGAAGAGGAUUAGAUCACUGGCAUCGUGUUCGAACACAAGUGAUUUGCUGGAUUUUCUUCUCUUAUAGGUUGCCAUUUGUGUUUCUAUUCUCCUACGAACAGGAAUUUGUAAACCGUGUGAGACAUUUAAAUCUGAUGACCACAUAUUGCUUGACCUUUCAUUAGAUUCCGUAGUUAGGGUUCUUUAUUCUCUCAA